AUGACCUCCUCAUCUACCAGGCGCAUCCGGCUUGUGCGUCUUGCCCACGUGUACUACUCACAUCGGGAUAUAGCGAAUGCCCACCAGUUUCUCAAAGACUUUGGCUUUGAAGAGACAGCCAAGCUUGGCAGCAAAACGUAUUACCGGGGAACUGGCACUGAGCCUUUCGUCUACUGCGCUGUUGAAGGUGCCGAAGAUUCCUUCGGCGGGGCGGCGUUCGUGGUCGAAAGCUUCGAUGAUCUGACUUAUGCAGCGGAUACACUACCCAAUGCUACACCAGUCACAAAGAUGGACAGUGAGCCUGGGGGUGGUUAUAGAGUUACGUUCUACGAUCCUGUGGAUAAGUUUCCCUUUCACCUUGUCUACGGACAGAAGGAAGUAGAUCCACUUCCCAAGUCUCUACCAGAGAGAGUGCUUAAUUUUGUGGGUGUUCUUUCUGUAACCGCUGAGCUGGUCAGAUCGUCAGAUCGUGCUGACAUAUAA